AGAGCAUUCACUGCUUCUCCAGCUCUACCAUCAUGAACGCUAAGAUCGUGUUGUUGUUGUGUGUUGUGGCGGCGGCUGUUGCAGACAAGCGUCCUACUUUCUCCUACGCCGCCCCUCAGGAAUCUAGUGAGUCUGUUGAAGACUCAUAUGAGUCGUCAGAGGCAAAGUACGAAUUUAAUUGGGCCGUGAAGGAUGACGACUCCGACAACGAUUUCGGACAUCAGGAGUCCCGCGACGGUGACAACACCAAGGGGUCGUACUACGUGCAGCUUCCCGACGGUCGCCUGCAGAAGGUGACAUACUACGUGGACGGUGACUCAGGCUACGUGGCCGAGGUCACCUACGAGGGCGAGGCUCAAUACCCAGAGUCUGAUGAGUCUGAUGAGUCUCUUGAGACUCCCGUGUAUGCUCCACCAAGAAGGUCUUACUUUGCUCCAGAUUCUAAUGAAUCAAAAUAAGCACUGAUGAUUACCAUAUCCUAGAUAACCUCAGACGUCAAUAUUUUUCACUAAGUUGAGGAUGUCAACACUAGCUAUCCAGGUCAUCACAAAGAGGGUCUAGCUGAUACUACAUCAGUUAUCUCAAUCCUCAGCUCAUUUGACACUUUGAAGUAACUGUCAAAGUUGCAAAGUGUUCUUCUAACAUUAUUUAUCUUCCAACUCUGACAUAAAUUAUUGAAAUAACUAAUAUUUAUUAUUAAUAAAUAUAUCUAAUGAAUA